AUGGACUUAAUUACGGGCUUAACUCGUACUCACAGACAACAUGACUCCAUUUGGGUGACAGUGGAAAGAGUUACUAAGUCCGCUCACUUCUUGGUUGUCAAGACUACAUAUUCAGCGGAGGACUAUGCAAAACUCUACAUCCAUGAGAUAGUCAGGCUACAUGGGGUUCCUUUGUCUAUCAUCUCAGAUGGAGGUCCUCUAGUUACCUCUCAUUUCUGGAAAUCAUUUGAGAAAGGUCUUGGUGCUCAAAUGGCCCCAUAUGAGGCAUUGUAUGAGUGUAGAUGCAGGUCCCCGAUUGGUUGGUUUGAUGUAGGUGAAGCAACCAUAAUAGUGCCAGAUUCAGGUCAUGAAGCUAUGGAAAAAGUGUCACCAAUGAAGGGAAUACUGAGAUUUGGGAAUAAAGGGAAGCUCAAUCCUAGAUAUGUAGGUCCUUAUAGAAUCCUGAAAAGGAUUGUUAAUGUGGCUUAUACGUUAGAGUUGCCAGCACAACUAGCAGCGAUCAAUCCUAUUUUUCACAUUUCCUUGUUGAAGAAGUAUGUGGUUGAUCUGGCAUCGAUAGUACCAUUAAAGAGUGUAAUUGUGAAGGAUAGUCUCACUUAUGAAGAGGUUCCAGUCGAGAUCCUUGACCAUCAAGUUUGUAGGUUGAGAAAUAAAGAAGUAGUUUCAGUGAAUGUUUUGUGGAGGAGUCAGUCUGUAGAGGGAGAUACUUGGGAAGAAGAAGCAGUCAUGAAGGCCAAGUAUCCUCAUCUCUUUCCAUCCGAUUUUGUUUCAGCUUGA